CCAGCUCCUGACCCAGCCAGCUGACUCCCAGGAGGAGAUCACGGCCCGCCACCACAUCGCUGACCAGCUGGAGCGUCGCUUCAUCCCCCGCCCCCUCUGCAAGAGCUCCCUGUUCGCAGAGUUCAACAACGAGCUGAAGAUCCUCAAGGAGGCCGUGCACAGUGGCUCUGCGUACCAGGGCAAGACGUCCAUCAGCACAGUGGGCACGUCCACCUCUGCCUACCGCCUGUCGCUGGCUACCAUGUCCCGGUCCAACACGGGCACGGGCACGGUGUGGGAGCAGGAGAGCCAGCCGUCACGCCAGCCCUCUCAGGACACGCUAAGCCGCACCGACGAGGAUGACGAACAGGAGCAGGAAGAGAAUGACUCUAUCAGUAUUCCCAGUGUGGUGAGUGAACAUGAGGUCUUCCUGCCCAGGCUCAUCACCCAGCGACGCUUCUCUAGUCAUGCCACGGGCAGCGCCCAGCCUGAACCCAGCACCCGCAGCACCAUGCUGCCCAGCCACAGUGAACCCAAUGUGCUAGAUGAGUCUCAAGGACUGGAAGAGGGUAACCUGUCUAGGGUGGCCAGUGUGCAGAGUGAACCAGGCCAGCAGAACCUCUUGAACCAACCUCCGCUGGGACGCAAUAGAGGACUGAGACAGUUGCGACGCCCCCUGCUGUCUCUUCCGAAGAGUGAGGCGCGAGGACCAGGUCGCUCUGGAGCCCGACUCUCUGCCACCCGCAGGAGCAUCCAGCCCAAGAACAAGCCUCUGGAAACGUUAUUGGACUGCGAAGCAACCCACGGGUGGGACCAGAAGAGGGUGGUCACCUUCACAGAGGGCCAGCAGGCUCAGGCAAAGUCCCCCGACCCCGGUGGCGCCAAUGCGCCCCCAGAGGGUAGGAAGGCCAGCCCGGCCCCUCCAAUCACUCCCCCUGCUGCCCCUGGGGCCUCAUCAUCGGCCACCGUCAAAGCUGACCUCCACAGCCCUGCCAAGAAACAGUUGGAGAGCAAGGAGAAACGAGAACAGUGGGGCCUCCGCAGCAGCCUCUCUCCUCGGCCCUCCAUCUCCCCCACACCAACCUCCUCCUGCUCUCCUCUCCCUCCUCCACCUCUCCCCAUCUCCCGCGCCUCCACUCCCACCCCACCCUCCUCCUGCUCUCCUCUCCCUCCUCCACCUCUCCCCAUCUCCCGCGCCUCCACCCCCACCCCACCCUCCUCCUGCUCUCCUCUCCCUCCUCCACCUCUCCCCAUCUCCCGCGCCUCCACCCCCACCCCACCCUCCUCCUGCUCUCCUCUCCCUCCUCCACCUCUCUCCAUCUCUCGCACCUGUUCUCCCCUCCCCCCUCUGCCGAUCCUGGGGAUCCGACCCCCCGCUCCCCCCACCCACCUCUUCCAUCCUGGUCCGUCCUCCCAUCAGACCCCCGAGAGCCCCGAGGACGAGGACACGACUGCCCUGCUGGGGAGGAACGCAGACACCCUCCUCCACAUUUCAGAGGACAAUGGGGGCACAGAGAACCCCCUACUCGCCCCCCUGCUCUCCCCCCGCCGCUUGCCCGCCCUGGCCCCACACCACUCCCCCGCCCUGCCCCCCCGCCGCUCCCCCCUCCCCAUCUCCCCAGUCGACCUGGACCUGGAUGAGUCCCACGUCUGAGAAGCGUCCCUGUAACGUUUCAGUAACGUUUUGUUAACAUUUCGGUAACAAAACUCGUAACGUAACGUUAUAACUAGGGCCAGGAGUUUUUCCCUGACUGAACUUGCGUGACCGCACUAGGAAAAAGUCCUGGCCCUAGUUACAAGGCUCUAAACUACAGACGUAGGCUAUAACUAGGGCCCGGAGUUUUGACCCUUUAGGUUAGAUCACAUGGUCCGGCUGGGGAAACUCCUGGCCCUAGUUAUGACCCUGGCAGGGUAGCUUCUCUAUGUCGGUCCACUUCUAUAUCUUUGGAGUCUGUGUUUAGACAUUGAGCUGCCUGAUAUCUCUGUAUCCUUCUAGCUAACGGAGGUCAGAGGGCGCUUGAAAAAUGAGGAACCUGUUGGAAUACUCUGAAAAUAAAAAUGCAUCCUCCCUUCCUUGAUCUGAUCUGACAUAAAAUGACUGGUGAAAUCAGUGCAGUAGAAUCCUUGCUCUCACCUAUCCAAUCACGUUAGAUUAGUGAUUACCUCAAGAAAAAGAAGGGAGGAAAGAUGCAUCUUUAGAGUAUUAGAACAGGGCCAAGGACCAAUACCUGUUAGUGUUCUCCUCUUGCCCACUCCCCUGCCCCUCUCUCCCCUUCUCUCUCUGCUCUCUUCUGUCCUGUUAGAGCACCAAGAUGAAAUCCAUACUUCACUAUGUCUACAGUACCAGUGACAGUACAUCCUCACCUGUGACAUUUUAACCCAUCUCAUACCAAAGUAUUCAAAUCAAAUGCAGAAUCAACAUGCCUUCUUCACACGUCAGGGUGGAUUAAUCCAUGGAGUCCCAACAGGUGAUCAAGUGGGACUGUUACUGUUGCUAGGUAGAUCACAUUCUAUUUGUUGUGGUCUAUUGAAAAGAGAAGGGAGAGUGUUUCCAGCAAUUGGCUGCUACAAACAUCUGUUUACCUUUUGGUUGACCUUGUCACCUCCGAAGAACUGUUUACAGUGAAUCUGCUGAAGGGUAAACUGUUGACUAGAGAAAUUAAAUGUAUAUUAGCUAUGAUAUUAUGAAAUGUAUUAUAUUUAAUCCUGAAGACUAUUUUAAAGAAAGAUUUAAUAUAUAUAAUUGUCAAAGAAUUGCAGAGAGGCAUAGUAUGUUUGUCAUUAGGAUAAUAUAUUAGUGGCCUCCCAGGUGGCCACACUGCGGUCUAGGGCACUGCAUCGCAGUGAGGCGUCACUACAGACCCGGGUUCGAUCCCAGGCUGUGUCACAACCGGCCGUGACCUGGAGUCCCAUAGGGCGGUGCACAAUUGGCCCAGCGUGGUCUGGGUUAGGGGAGGGUUGGGCCGGGGGGGGCUUUACUUGGCUCAUUGUGCUCUAGUGACUCCUUGUGGCGGGCCGGGCACCUGCAGGCUGACAUUAGAAGUCAGUUAAACGGUGUUUCCUCUGACACAUUGGGGCAUCUGGCCUCCGGGUUAAGUGGGUGGGUGUUAAGGAGCGUGGUUUGGCUGCUAAUGUUUCAGAGGACGCAUGACUCGACCUUUGCCUUUUUUUGGUGAGAAAAAGGGGGGGAAACCAGAAUGUUUAUUUAUUAAUAGAUGGAUAGAUUGACAUAAUUAUUUAUAAAAUAUUUAUCCUCUUGGGGUUUCUAGGUUUGAUUUAUUGACAAUUGACACACUGAGUGGUUGUUGUUUUCCUGUGGAAGUUGAGUCUGUUAGAUUAGAAGAGGUUCUUUAUGGAGGUUGAGUCUGUUAGAUUAGAAGAGGUUCUUUAUGGAGAUUGAGUCUGUUAGAUGAGAAGAGGUUCUUUAUGGAGGUUGAGUCUGUUAGAUGAGAAGAGGUUCUUUAUGGAGGUUGAGUCUGUUAGAUUAGAAGAGGUUCUUUAUGGAGAUUGAGUCUGUUAGAUGAGAAGAGGUUCUUUAUGGAGGUUGAGUCUGUUAGAUUAGAAGAGGUUCUUUAUGGAGGUUGAGUCUGUUAGAUGAGAAGAGGUUCUUUAUGGAGAUUGAGUCUGUUAGAUUAGAAGAGGUUCUUUAUGGAGAUUGAGUCUGUUAGAUGAGAAGAGGUUCUUUAUGGAGGUUGAGUCUGUUAGAUGAGAAGAGGCUCUUUAUGGAGGUUGAGUCUGUUAGAUUAGAAGAGGUUCUUUAUGGAGAUUGAGUCUGUUAGAUGAGAAGAGGUUCUUUAUGGAGGUUGAGUCUGUUAGAUGAGAAGAGGCUCUUUAUGGAGGUUGAGUCUGUUAGAUUAGAAGAGGUUCUUUAUGGAGAUUGAGUCUGUUAGAUGAGAAGAGGUUCUUUAUGGAGGUUGAGUCUGUUAGAUGAGAAGAGGUUCUUUAUGGAGGUUGAGUCUGUUAGAUGAGAAGAGGCUCUUUAUGGAGGUUGAGUCUGUUAGAUUAGAAGAGGUUCUUUAUGGAGAUUGAGUCUGUUAGAUGAGAAGAGGUUCUUUAUGGAGGUUGAGUCUGUUAGAUGAGAAGAGGCUCUUUAUGGAAGUUGAGUCUGUUAGAUUAGAAGAGGUUCUUUAUGGAGAUUGAGUCUGUUAGAUGAGAAGAGGUUCUUUAUGGAGGUUGAGUCUGUUAGAUGAGAAGAGGUUCUUUAUGGAAGUUGAGUCUGUUAGAUUAGAAGAGGUUCUUUAUGGAGAUUGAGUCUGUUAGAUGAGAAGAGGUUCUUUAUGGAGGUUGAGUCUGUUAGAUGAGAAGAGGCUCUUUAUGGAGGUUGAGUCUGUUAGAUGAGAAGAGGUUCUUUAUGGAGGUUGAGUCUGUUAGAUGAGAAGAGUCCAAAGCGCUAUAAGUGGGGCAGGUCACACUUGGAAGACAAUCCUAACAUCAACUGAAGUAAAAAUUAGGGUCUCCAUAUAGCUGAGGUUCAGUAUUGUAGCACGCUUGAAAUGUGAAGGUAAUUUCAGAUUGAGCCGACAUAAGUAGCGUUUGCUGUGAAUGCAGUCUCCACUAACGCUGGAAACCUUUGCCUUUAAAUGUCAAACAGGCUACAACACAGAACUUCUGCGAUACGGAUUGAGUCCAGCCCUUAGUCGUGCAUUGAUGUCAAUAGGAAACUAAGUGGACAUUUUUGUAAAAGUUAGGUUUCGCCCCUUCGAGGGUAAAGGUCUUGUUUUAGUAUGAUGAAUGUAAAACUAUCAUACCACAACUAACAGCUCACUGGGCACAUACGUCACUUCAACGGUUAAAAGUUGGGUAAAAAUAAGUUGAUUCAACGUCAUCACGGUGAUUAUUUUGGUUGAAAUGACGUGGAAACAAUGUUGAUACAACCAGUUUUGGCCCAGUGGAUGGAUGUUGUUUUAUGUGUAACCAAAUCCAGGUUCUGUUUUGAAUAGCCUCCAACGUAAUACUGACCUUCUGUUGUAGUGAAAGCAUCAUAAAGAAUAGGUAACUGGUUAUGGGCACCGAGGUAUUAUUAGUAUGUCCAGUAAUGUCAUAGAGUUUAUAAUGAUGCUUUUUAUUGUUGUGUUUUCAAUGCUUUGAAGAAAGGUUUCUAGUCCUCAAAACCUUAUGCCAACAAGAUCCCUGAUUCUGAGUUGUAGCAGUUAGGAUGCCUCCUUGUUCAACUUCUGCCUUAAACUAGAGAACUGGGAGGACCCCUCCAGCUCCUUGAUAAUGGUCUGUUCCCUGACUGAGGUCCCCUUAUGUGCCAUGGGGCUUGGUACAGUCCAAACCUGAGAUGGGUGUGCUGCAGUCUACUAUCUUCUGGUUAAUGUUGGUUUUGCACCAGAUCAGUGAAAAGAGGAGGUAGUUAUGAACUAAACGUGAAAAACCCAGAAACUUUGCAGUUCUUGACACAAACCGGUACGCCUGGCACCUACUACCAUAUCCCCUUGAAAGGCACUUAAAUCAUUAGUCUUGCCUAUUUACCCUCUGAAUGGCACACAUACACAAUCUGUGUCUCAAUUGUCUCAAGGCUUAAAAAUCAUUCUUUAACCUGUCUCCUCUCCUUCAUCUACACUGACUGAAGUGGAUUUAUGAGGUAUCAUAGCUUUCACCUGGAUUCACCUGGUCAGAGCAGGUGUUCCUAAUGGUUUGUACACUCAGUUAUAUGUGAAAGGAAGAACUGGGCUUUUCCUGAAUAUCUUCUACCAUUUCCCCCUGUUUGACGGCGUCAGUGCAGAAGCGUUAGUAGUGAUAUGAAUAGGUGCCAUAAUGCACAUAUGACUAUUGCACUGUGAGUCGGUCUCAUAGCUGUGUCUGCUUCUGUGUGUGAUCUAAAUGUACUGCUGUGUAGUUCCCACAGAGGCUGGUUAUCAGAUCUAUAGUUCCCAUAUCGUUAGAGGGGUUAUCAGAUCUAUAGUGCCCAUAUCGUUAGAGGGGUUAUCAGAUCUAUAGUGCCCAUAUCGUUAGAGGGGUUAUCAGAUCUAUAGUGCCCAUAUCGUUAGAGGGGUUAUCAGAUCUAUAGUGCCCAUAUCGUUAGAGGGGUUAUCAGAUCUAUAGUGCCCAUAUCGUUAGAGGGGUUAUCAGAUCUAUAGUGCCCAUAUCGUUAGAGGGGUUAUCAGAUCUAUAGUGCCCAUAUCGUUAGAGGGGAUUCUAUUUCAAUGAUAGUAUCACUAUAGUUCAUUCUAGAACCCAGGGGGAUAAUACAAAAGUCUAUUAUACUGUAUAAGCCAAUUAUACUGUAGGCGACAUAUUCUGGUGUCCCUGUGGACAUGUUGUCUUGUCAGUGCUAACGGUCAGUGUCUGUCCGUGUGUGUAGUGCCAAUGCUCUCUGCUGCGGAGCUGUCCUUGUGCAGAUGCUUUCUGGGAGGUUGGCAUGGAGACUUAUUCAUCAAACGUGCCAUAUAUUCCAAAGUCAUCUGCAUUCUGCAGUUUGUCCCAUGUAAUGCACUGUUGAAGUGCUCUACUUAACCAGGUUUUCCAGAAAUCUUGGUUGGAGGAUUCCCGGAUUUCUUGUUUAUUACUUUCGGAUUCCUUGACUCUUCCAACUAGUAUAUCAGGAGUUUGAGGAAAGUUACCAGAAUUUGGAGACCUGAGUUCUAUUUCAUUGUCAAUUACAAUUUGUAGUACCGGUAAGCACACUGUAUUGCUUUAAACAUAAUCAGAAAAUGAUAUUUUUAAAUGAUUGCCAACUCAUAGCUAACGUGUGAUGAUGUUCGUCGCAAUGAAAUAUGUUUCUAGUUUGUUUAGUUUAGUUAUAUUUCUUACAUGUUAUGGAGGAUAGCUGGAUCUGUGUUGUUCUGGCUCUGGGAAUAACUUUUCCAUAAACUUGGAAGUUUACCUCAAAGUCCUAUCCACAUGCUAGGGGUGGCAGGUAGCCUAGUGGUUAGAGCGUUGGACAAGUAACUGAAAGGUUGCAAGAUCCAAUCCCCAAGCUGACAAGGUAAAAAAAAAAAAGCCAGUUAACCCACUGUUCCUAGGCCAGUUAACCCACUGUCCCUAGGCCAGUUAACCCACUGUUCCUAGGCCAGUUAACCCACUGUUCCUAGGCCAGUUAACCCACUGUUCCUAGGCCAGUUAACCCACUGUUCCUAGGCCAGUUAACCCACUGUUCCUAGGCCAGUUAACCCAAUGUUCCUAGGCCAGUUAACCCACUGUCCCUAGGCCAGUUAACCCACUGUUCCUAGGCCAGUUAACCCACUGUUCCUAGGCCAGUUAACCCACUGUUCCUAGGCCAGUUAACCCACUGUUCCUAGGCCAGUUAACCCACUGUUCCUAGGCCAGUUAACCCACGGUUCCUAGGCCAGUUAACCCACUGUUCCUAGGCCAGUUAACCCACUGUUCCUAGGCCAGUUAACCCAAUGUUCCUAGGCCAGUUAACCCACUGUUCCUAGGCCAGUUAACCCACUGUUCCUAGGCCAGUUAACCCACUGUUCCUAGGCCAGUUAACCCACUGUUCCUAGGCCAGUUAACCCACUGUUCCUAGGCCAGUUAACCCACUGUUCCUAGGCCAGUUAACCCACUGUUCCUAGGCCAGUUAACCCACUGUUCCUAGGCCAGUUAACCCACUGUUCCUAGGCCAGUUAACCCACUGUUCCUAGGCCAGUUAACCCACUGUUCCUAGGCUGUCAUUGAAAAUAAGAAUUUGUUCUUAACUGACUUGCCUAGUUAAAUAAAUAUAACAUGCUGUAUGGUGGAGCUGUGAGAUAUUCAGGUGUGUGUGUGUCAAAUGCAGGGGCCCCCAGGGGUGGUUAGCAGUGGAGGCUGGUGGGAGGAGCUAUAGGAAGACAGACUCAUUGUAAUGGCUGGAAUGGAAGCCUGUCCUCCUAUAGCUCCUCCCACCAGACUCCUCAGGUGGAAGUGACAUUAUGGUCUAGAUUAUAUAAUAUAAUUUUGAUAUUUUAUUUCUCCAAAUAUAUAUUAACAUCAGCAUUUGUUCACAUGCAUUUGUUCAUAUUCAAUCAUGGUUCCAUCGACAUAUAUUUUUUCCUCUGUGUGACUCUGAAAUAUAUCGUAUUAUAUACUUAAGAUAUUUAUUUCAAAUGAUUGUCUUGUCCUGUGUUAAUCUAUUCUAAAAUAUAGCUAUAUCAAAGUAUUUAUGAAAUAUUUAAAGAAUAAAUGGAUAUUGUUGUA